CUCAUAUUUCUUGUUAAUAUCAUGAGCCAGAGUUGCAUAAAACAUUUUGAAAUUUUUUUCCAAGAACUCAAAAUAAUACACUCCACAAUUGACGCAAAUCAAACACGAAUAAUUAAUAUUACUGCGACCUUUAACAUUUUUGGGAAAAUUCCGUAUUUAAAGCUGUUAUUAAUUAUGUGAACUAAUGGCUUAAUUAUGAAAUUAAUAGUUUGUUUGAUCACUUUCAUUGGAAUCUCGUCUUGGCCACAACAUUUUUUAUUAGCUAAUCUCUUUAUCACCUGAAGAACCUCUUCUUCAGUUACAUCGAACAUAUAGAAUGAUUUCUCGAUUCGUACAAUUUUAUUGAGAGGUGUAGAUGAAACAAUGAGCUGAGGUAUUUGUGAGCAUGGACAUUGGUUGCCAUUUACUUUGAUGAUUCGAAGUAUGCAAGCAAAUAUUAGUGACAAAACCUCUAGAAGAGAAAGCUUUCAGUGAACUCCCCAAAAUGCAAUUCACCAAUAAAUGGUACAAGAAUUUCUUCUCUAUAGCGGUUUGCUGUAAAUGUUCCAUUGAAGAAAAUUGGGCCAAUAAUUCCCCUCCAACUCAUAGCUCACCAAACUUCAACUUUUGAGAACAGGGUGUCUCAAUAAAAAAAUGUGCCGGUUUUUCACCUCUCGACAUUCUUAUGUUUUGUGAGUUGACAUACCAAGAAAGGUGAAACCAGGCUUCGUCAGAAAAAAAACGUUCAUGAGGUUAUUACUGACAAAAAACCAUCCUAUGAAGAUAAUCAACUUCUUGAACCUUGAUGUCUUGUUUUAAUAUCUUAUGACAUGUAGCAACAGAGACACUAGCGAGUUGGUAUAAAACUGACAAGUUCUUGGAGCUUCUUCCAUGAUAUUUUCGACUGUAUUAUUUAAAUCUGGUGUCCUUUUUAUUUGUCAAUCACUUUCACUUUUUCUUUCCACACUGCCAGUUUCUCGGAAAACACUAACGCACCGUUUAACAGUGCUUUGGAAACAUCCGUCAUGAAUUCCGUUAGACAUUGUAUAGAAUAUUUCCAUCAGCUUUCAAUCUUCUGACCAUUUCUGAUGUGAGAUUCGAUUAUGAAUGCCUUUUAUAAAUCGGAAAAACCCAUUUUUAAUUUAUACUUUCUUCACAGAUUGGAAAAUCCAAAUUCUAAAUAUGACAGUUUAAAGUGAAAUGGAAAAAUUACCAGAUAAUGAUAUUGGUCGAAGUCCAAGCUAAGCGCUACUUGUAAUAACAUAAAAUCCACUCUAAUUUCACGAAUUUAAACGAGACAAUAUUUAUCUUUGCAUUUUUUUCUGGAAAUAGAUAUAGAGUUAUUUCUUUAGUUGACCUCAAUUUAACUUUAACCCCAAAAUGUCAAUACGAAGAUGUGAGCGGCAUAAGAAACAAUGUGGAAAAUCAACCGAACUAGCUAUUCUGGGUGAAAAUUACAAAUGCAAUAAUUUUAAAAUGAUCCUAUUAUCCAAUAGAGGUCAAAAUUAAGGUAUAAUUCGAUAAUUAUGGUACCGAUGGCUACGCAAGGUUAGGUUGCGUUUACUGUCAAAAUACUCAAAAUCAGCUGACUGGAAAUGUCUUAUUCAUAGACAAACUAAUCAAAUCUAGUUUAUAAGUUGUUUCAGAUAAAUCUUGAUGGGUCUGUAAGAUUUAUAGUCACUUUACCACAAAACCACUUUGCUCUCGGAUAGUAUUGCCGAACACGACAUUGGAAAUAAAUUUCUUGUUAUUUUGACAAAUAAUGCAAAAUAUGCCUUCUCCGAUCAAAUGAAGCACCGUGUAAUGGACUGUCAAAAAUACUAAAUCUAUGACUAAAUGUCAUAUAAUGAUAGAGUCAUAGAAAGAAAGCCUGUUCAUUUGUCUAUGGGUAGAGUCAAGUGAGUCUCUAAAAAAACAAUUAACUCUCAAACAAAUAAUAAACAAUUACUUUCCAACAUGCAAGCUAACGUUCGCUAAGUGGAUAUAGUGCCUUAAAAAAAGAAUUUUAUUCUUCUCGAAUGUAAAGUUUAUCAAUACAGCGAAGUAUCCAUAGACCUAAUAUCAAUGAUAUUAGGUCUAUGGAAGUAUCUCAACAAUAUUCUAUGGUACAACAACAGUGUUGCUACUUCUUAGUUCUUAGGAACUACAGAAAUUGGGUUAAAUUCAUCAAAGCCAGAUAAAUUGUAACAUAUAUCAUCUAUGUAAACAGUAGAUAUUUAUUAUGAUAAUGGAAAGUAAGAAGUCAAAUAGAUAUUGCUCAGUUCCACAGUGUUCUACAAGUGCAAUGGAAAAUGUUACCCUCCAUUAUUUUCCGAAAAAUAAGUUGUUAGCUGCUGAGUGGAAGCGAGUGCUUCGUAUAAAAAAACCUAUCUCCAAAUAUAUGAAUGUGUGUAGUUUACAUUUUAAACAGACAGACUAUUAUUUACCAGAUUAUCCUGCUAAAAGAAGAAUACUAAAGAAUGGGAUAAUUCCGUCAGAGAAUCUACCUAGAGACCCUAGAGUGCCCAUUGAUGAAGUACUGUGGAAAAACCAAACAAAAUCUUCACAGAAGAGAACUGAACGACGAAGCGAAUCAACUGUUCAUGAAGAAAUUCAAAGUCAAGAAGAAUAUUUAAUGGAAAAUCCCAACCCAAUGGAAUUGUUAGAGGAUAAGAAAAUAGAUGAUGGAAGUCAUUCUGGGAGAACUCGAUCAAGCUCACUUAUUAACCGAGAGUGUUCAACUAGAAAUGAGUCAAUCCAUGAUAAAAAACAUUCACAAUUAAACAUUAAACAUCCUGAGAAAGAAAAAACCAAAAUAUUGAAAAGAUCAAAAAGGAUAUCAAGCAAAACUCGAAAUAAAAAGGUAUUAAAACCUUUUGUGUUUGUUAGUGUUGAAAUGAAAAAUAAUAGAACCAAAGUAUCAGUUCCAAAACCUAACAGAAAUCAAGCAGCACUGGCGAAAUCUAGGAAAUUUGUUGACAGUAAAUCUCAAUUGAAAUCUCUUUCAGUACCAAUUAAAAGCAAAUCUAUUUCAAAUCUGAAAUCGGUAGGAGUCCAAACUGAUUCAUUGAGUACUAUUCAUCCUGGAUAUGAAAAUAUGGAUGUUCAACAGAUUAGUUUGAUUAGAAGCAUUGAUUAUUUAAGGAAAAACUUAGUGGGACAUGCAAUGAAAGUGAAAGGAAAAACUUUCAAGGUCAACGAAUGUUCAAUCAGUUUUGAAGAUCAAAAUAGUGGAGAAAUGAAGAUGCUAGUUGUUCAACCUGAUGAAUUGGUCUCAUCAGGGGCACUUCUCAUAAAAGAUAUAUUUGGAAGUUAUGGGACAGAUGGGUUACAAGAUUCAAGGAGCGUAAAAAAAGAAGUAUCUUCUGACCAUGACGUUUCAAAAUCGUCACAACAAUAUUCUGAUUUGGAAAUGAGUGAUAACCAAAGUAGUACAUCAGAAUUGUCUUGUAUUAAUUUUGAUUCUGAGAAAAGUGUUGGAGAUUCUAUUUUAAAUAUAAGUGGCAUCGAAGAGGUAAACUUAAUAAAUAGUGAUAAAAAUGAGAAAGUGCCUAAUUCCAGUCCAGUGUUUGGUAAGGAGGUUAAGAUACUGGUGAAUAAAUUACCUGAGAGCUUGGUGAGCGCUAUACGAAAUGGAAAAAGAGUAAGAGUGAAGUCUAAAAAUUUCAAAAAUAAGAUUGGGUUCCUUAACUCUAAAUUCAUAGUAGAAGCUGAGCAGAAAGUUACUCCACAAAAUUCAUCAAUAAUUCUCAAAAGUUUCUCUUGUGAAUGGUGUGAACUAAAAUUCCCAUCAACAACUUAUUUACGAGAACACAUGAGAGUUCAUGAAAAAAAAUCUGAAGAAAUGUUCAAGCAGGAACACAAAGAAAUUAUUAAUUCAAUAGAAGUUGUCGAGCAUGAUGAAAUACAAGAACAUGAGAUUUCUGAUGGUAAUCAUAUUUGUGACUUAUGUCGCAGAACAUUCAACUAUUAUCAAAGUUACAAGUUUCACAAAGAGAUUGUCCAUGGUCAGAUGAAUGUGCAAAAAGAAUCAGUUCACAAUAGUAAAAGCUACAAAAAUUGUGGCAAGAAAUACAAAGAAGUGAACAAGGAAGAGUGUCCAGAAAAGGAAGAUUCUGAAGAAACAUGCCCUGAGUGUUUGGGUGUAUACCAUAAUAUGGAAAAACUUGAAUGUCACCUUCUUGAGUAUCAUAAAACGGUCUUGAAAAAAUCAAUAUAUAAAUGUGAUAUUUGCUCAAAAAUCUUCAUUACCUAUAGAAGUUUAGUAUAUCAUAAAACAAAAACGCAUAAUGUGACUAUGACCGAAGAUGUUGAUAUUAAAUUGAAAUGUCCCAAAUGCAAAAAGCUUAUUGAAAUCAAAGAAUACAAACUUGUACAUUCUAUUCAGUGUGGAAAAGAAUUAGAACAAAAUAAUCAAACAAUCAUGGAAGAAUCAACAGGAACAUCAAGAGAUUCACCAAGCAAUAACAAAAUUAUUAAUUUAAAUGAGGAAAAAACUGUAGUACAUCCACAUUCAUCUUAUAGUUCACAAAAUUCAUCAAAUAAUAGUUUUUCAGAAAAUGGAAUAAUUAUAAAGAGAAAAUAUACUUUGAGUUCAAGUUGUGAUUUGGAGAAUGAAAAUGUAAAAGAGAAAAGAUUCAAACAAGAUGAAGUAUUUGGAGAAAAUACAAAUUCUUCUCACCAAAUAUUGAACAGAUUAAGAGAUCUUCUAGGAUCAAGUGAUGGACCUAAUGAUAUAACAAUAGAGCUAGAUGAAUGAUAUCUUUCUCAAAGCAGAUAUGAACAGUUAUCAGUUUUCUAAAAUAUAUAAAUUUAUUUUUCGUUUAAAAUGUAAUAUAUCUUUAAAACACAAAUUGACGAAUGAAUAAAUUAUUCUUGAAAAAAAAAAC